GUAAGGCACAUGUCCCAGGCAUGACAAGAGGCUGGCCAGAAGGAGCCGGGCUUUGAGCACAGAGCUUCCAUCUCCUGGGAAACACCUCCUGCUUACUGCUGAGCAUCCCUGGAGAGGGUAACUAAUCUCCCCAGGGAGUCUAUGCUGGGAAUCUAUGGGGCUCCAUCACACGGUGGAGCGGUUUGCAGGAUGGAGUCGCCGUGCCGUCCUGAGGUGAGCUACACAGAAACAAUUACUUUCAAAAGUUGGUGAGGACAGAUUCAAAGUUCAUAAUAAGGAUGGGAAACAGCAACAUUGUUUCAGAAAGACAGUAACAGUCAGUUUGAUAUUCAUCAGGAGGGUUCAGGCUUCUGACGAGGAGCAAAUUGUUCGGCAGAAAUUUUUCCACUGCCUCCUUUCAUUUUUUUUCUCCGCUGCUCCUUUGAGCGUGAGAUUGAGUUGCCCCGCAAGCACGGCUCUGUAGAGAAAGUGUCGACGUUGCACACAUGAGGUCUGCUCAAGUCUGAGGCAGAAAGCUUUCUUCCUUUUGACUUCAAAUCUAAACACUCCUCUUUCUGCUCUCAUCCCCAAACGCUUGUCUCGGAAGCCCUUUGUGGUGCCUGAACAUCUCUGGGACCGUUGUGAUCUCUCGUUUACUCACAACAAAAAGGAAAUAAAAUACAAGUAAGAUAACGACAGAUCUGUGUAGAUAGGAAUGAAUUCUCAGAAAGGCACUGAUUCAUCUGUGAGCUGACUUUCAUCUGAGAUAGCGUGGAGAACUUGGGAGAGUGACUGGAUCAGAGGAGCCAGGCGCCUGGAGCCAGGUGAGAAGCUCACAGAUCACUUCAACAUAACUCAAAGAAGAGGCUCCCAUCACAACACAUUUCAUUCAUCCAGGAUGGAGCUCAGCAUGUCUCCGGACAUUCUUCAUGCCUUCCAGAGUCCAAACUCCGGAGUUCACAGCCAUACCAGUGCACACGCAUCCCCACCCCCCCUCGCCACCACCGUGCCCCCGGCCACCCCUGUCAAGCCAGCAUUAGCAGGUUUCCGAAAGGUGUGCCGAACUGAGGACCCCAGUCCCAGCCCCUUCCAGGGUUUGGAUGGGGCUCUGGAGAUGCGCGUCAAGGAGGGCAGCAAGAUCCGGAACCUGAUGGGCUUUGCUGUGGCCCGCAUGCAGGAGGGGGGGCCAGGCGGGGGCCCACGGCAGGUGGUGUUCACCGGUUCUGGCCGCGCCGUCACCAAGACCAUCACCUGCGCCGAGAUCAUGAAGCGCCGGCUGACCGGCCUGCACCAGCUGACCAAGCUGCGCUACCGUGCCGUGCGGGAAGUUUGGGAGAGCGGUGACGGCCAGACCACCGUCCAGCGCGACGUCCCCUCCAUCAGCAUACUCCUGUCCAAGGACCCACUGGACCCCUUGGAACCGGGAUACCAGCCCCCUGAGGACCACAGCCCCCUGUGGGUGCCUGGCUGUCGCAGGGAGGAGGAGAUGGAGAUGGAGAAACCCUCUCAGGAGGCACAAAAGAGACCCCCAAGUCCCGACUCACUCCUCAGCACAAAGAGGCCAUGCCCCGGUGUGAGAUCACUGGAGUCGACCUCCUGACCUGCUGACCCCCAGAAGACGGAGCAGAACCAGGCUUGAGCGUCACCUAUGGCAAACUGCGGUCUGCCUGCCACUCAGCACGUACGGGAACGAACAGAAACACUAACUAUAGACAGACAAGUCCUGUAGCACAUGCUGCUGAACCACAGGACACCACUGCGCUUUCUGUAGGGUUCGGCUGGUGUCGGCAUGGUAACAGAACUAUUAAUCUGUUCCUUUUGUCAAAAAUGUGUUUCAGGCAACGUGACCCCAGAACACUCCUUAAACACAUACUGAGUGUAUUUAUUUCAAUUUCCAAGCAAGUAUCUACUCAGUCUAGACAAUUUGUACAAUUCAUUGU